AGGGCGCUGGACUUAUUCCCUCAUCCCGAAGCUGCAAGCCUGGAUCAAGAGGAAGCACGGACAGGUACAUUUCUACCUCACCCAGGCGAGAGCAUGGGAAGCGGGAAAAACCUAUAUUCCAAGAAAAAUCCAUCAACUUCACCUUUCAGGUGAAGAUUGAAAGAGAUUGCCACAAAUGGAUUCCCGACAGCAACAAGCCGCCCGCUAUGCGACACCCAACCUUCUCGUGAAGCCCGUUCCAUUCGGUGCCCGUCGCUCUCGAGAAAUUCGAGACGUCGGCAUCAAGGGCUUCAUGAUCCUGCUGGAGGGAAUCAAUCCGGGAACUUCAAAGAUAUCCAACACCUUGCCCUAUGCCGAUUACAGCAAUGUGAAGCCCCUGGAAGUGUACAUCAGUGUGCUGGCCAAUAUAAUUAUCGAGCCUUCUGAGGCGACGAUCCUGAACAAAGACUCGAUUAGCUUCCGUGGAGGAUACCGAGGUGGCCAGUUUGCGAGGUAG